GGGCUUUAGUGUGCAGACCUUAGUCCCCGGGUUCUGUUUGUGCAGUUAAAUGCACGACAUCCUGCAGUUCAGUGUGGGUGUGGCAGGGACUGGAGAGAUUGUUAAGUGAUUUUUAACUUCUAUUAAUCAAAAUUUAACUUUUAUAAAAUAAAAUAGUAGGUAUAUCGCUCGAGUUCGUGAAGACUUAGCUGAUUUUUAAUAAUUAAUAAGUUUUUUCUGCCAAUGAGCAUUAGAUUACUGCUGACUUGUUAGUGUCACAGUACCUUGUGGUAGUUUCUCUGCAGGGUUUAAAGGUGUAUCCCAGUUUGGGGUUUUUUUUCCCUGUUCUGUCCGUAGGAAAUUAUCUUUAUAAGGCUGUAGGGAGAAAUACCUCUAGAGGUCCAUACAUGCCAUUAAUAUGUUACAAGGAUCGGUCAGUCCCAUUGUCUUCUUUUGUCAAUCUUAAUCGGAGCUUGCCGAGGAAGUCUGUAAGCCUGCAUGUGCCUGGCAACUGUUACCUAGUGACAGUUCAGCUGCAGUAGCCAUUGGCUGUGCUGUUGAUUGGGGCAGGAGGACCGAGUCACCUUUCUGAUGGUGAGUUCUUCUGCAUCAGCUCAGGACAAGGAGGAGGAGCCGGGCUCCGGCUCAGGUGGAGGCAGUGAUGCUGAGAGAUUGUGAAGAAUAUCCGACAGCAUCCUGGGAACUGCAUCACAGUGAGUCGGACUUCUGAAUCAAGCAGCCCAGCCUAGCAACUGAUAAGAGUGAAUGUAGGUGAGAAGCAUUACCUUAUUCCUGUAACAGGAGAACUGUUUUUUGCAAGUGAAACUGGGAAUGUGCAAGGAGGAAUAUCUUGUGGCUGUUUUAAAAGAAGAAGGACUUCCCUGAAUGACUCGGUGAUGCACAAGAAAAUAACUUUCGGAAGAGUGCCGCCGCAUUGUUCCUGAGGGAAUGUCUGUGUUUUUCAUGCAUGGUCUUUCUUCAGAAGGUGCGACAGCAAAGGCUGACAAGCAACUCUCCGAAAUGCCUGCACUUUAAAAGAGACUUUUGACAAUGUUAACCUUAUGCCAGAACGACCUUGGAAGCCUUCUGGGUGGAUUCUCUCCUGCCAGCCUUUCAGUGUUUCGGACUCUAGGAUUUAAACUCAUCUUGAUGCAUUAGAGGGAUUUUAAAAGAAGACCAUUUUACAACCCACCUAAUGGCCCCUGUGUUAAUUGAGCACUUGCUCAAAAUAGAACGCAGAAAUAGAAGAGACAUUUUUUUUAAACAUAUGGCUGCUACAUAACUGCAAAAAUAGCAAACAAGUUGGUCCCUAAGAAACAGCCUUUCUGAGGAGGAUGAACAGCCCACAGAUGCUUUUCUUUCUUUGGCAAUUGAUUUUUUUUUCUUUUUGCAGAUUUAAUUUUUCAUAGUGCAAGGUAAUAAAUCCAUUUUCUCUAGAAGUGCCUUGUGUCUGCAAAAAGUUCUUUGAGACCACCAGAGGAAGCUAAUGAGUGACCUUUUCCCACCUCCUUUGUAGCUUUUCCCCUCCUCUUCCCCCUCAGAGCUGAGGUGUGUCAUGCUGCACAGAGGCUGAUGAGGAGAUCUGGGUCCUGUCUGGGAUGCUCAGCUGUGACAGAAGCGCUGCUGCCGUCUCCCGAAGCCGGUCUGAGACGCUCAGGUGCAGAGUCCAACAGAUGCUGGGCAGGGCACCGCCUUGCUGUAGCCGAAGCUGCAAGUCCCCCUGAUUCCAAGCCAUGAAUGAGUCCAGGUGGCCUGAAUGGAGGAUCCUGAACCUGAGCAGUGGCCUCGUGAAUGUGUCUGAGCGUCACUCCUGCCCACUUGGAUUUGGCCACUACAGUGCCGUGGACGUCUGCAUCUUUGAGACGGUGGUUAUUGUCUUGCUGACGUUUCUGAUCAUUGCUGGGAAUUUAACGGUCAUCUUUGUCUUUCACUGUGCUCCACUCCUACACCAUUACACCACCAGCUACUUCAUCCAGACGAUGGCAUAUGCUGACCUUUUCGUUGGAGUUAGCUGCUUGGUUCCCACUCUCUCACUUCUCCACUACUCCACAGGUAUCCACGAGUCACUGACCUGCCAGGUUUUCGGAUAUAUCAUCUCGGUUCUGAAAAGUGUUUCUAUGGCAUGUCUUGCCUGCAUAAGCGUGGAUCGCUAUCUUGCCAUCACCAAGCCUCUUUCCUACAAUCAGUUGGUCACCCCUUGUCGACUCAGAAUUUGCAUUAUUUUAAUCUGGAUCUACUCCUGCCUAAUUUUCUUGCCUUCUUUUUUUGGCUGGGGGAAACCUGGUUACCACGGGGACAUUUUCGAAUGGUGUGCCACCUCUUGGCUCACCAGUGCCUAUUUCACUGGCUUUAUUGUUUGUUUACUUUACGCUCCUGCUGCCUUUGUUGUCUGCUUCACUUACUUCCACAUUUUCAAAAUUUGCCGGCAGCACACCAAAGAGAUACAUGACCGGCGGGCCCGGUUCCCUAGCCAUGAGGUGGAUGCCUCUGGCGAGACUGGACACAGCCCCGACCGUCGCUACGCCAUGGUCCUGUUUCGGAUAACCAGCGUAUUUUAUGUGCUGUGGCUCCCCUAUAUCAUUUACUUCCUGCUGGAGAGCUCCCGGGUCUUGGACAACCCGACACUGUCCUUCCUGACAACCUGGCUGGCUAUAAGUAAUAGUUUUUGCAACUGUGUAAUCUACAGCCUCUCCAACAGUGUGUUCCGGCUGGGCCUCCGGAGGCUGUCCGAGACGAUGUGCACAUCCUGCAUGUGUCUGAAGGAGCAGGACACACGGGACCCCAAGCCCAGGAAGCGGGCUAAUUCCUGCUCCAUUUGAAGAGAACUGCACAGUAAAUCACGUGUAAUCUGACAGUGGUUUGGGAUCGCAGUCUUGAUUCACCUGGAAACUUGCCACGGGAGAAGAGAAAUAUUUACUUGAAUAGUUGACUGAGAGAUAAAGGGACUGAGGGUUUCUUUUUUCCUCCUUUUUUUAUGGAGGAAAAAACUACAGAAAAGGAUGUGUAGGGAGUAAUCUCGUGAGACAGUUGCAGCAUGUGAGUAUAAACGUGCAGCAGCAGGAGAAAGGAAGCGCUGGGGACGGCCAGAGUGUCUCACAUCUUCCACAGGACGCGGCGCAGCCCCUGGUGUCUCUGUCCAACCGAGCUCUCGCCUCCGUCUUUGUCUCUCGUUCUGUCUCUGUCUCUCUCGCUCCCACUGUGUCCGUGGAAAUCACAGCGUUUGCUCUCGAGAGAAAAAUGCCACAUAUUAUAUAUGUGGCAAAGUAUAAUCUUUGGCACCAAAGUGUGCUUUAACACACUGAUCUGAAAUUCCUAAGUGGUCUCUCACGGAGGAUGCACAGUAAGCGUCGUAUGUUAGUUACCUGCCACACAACCCCUUUGCUGGUGUUUUUAUAAUCUCUGCAGCACAAAAUUUCUGUCCCGAGCAAAAAGAAACAGUGUUUUUAUUUCACCAGGGUAGAAUUAUGUCCCCCACCCCUCCUUCCUGACAGCCUGCUGUAUUUUUCUUCAUCUGCAUCUUUUGGUACCUUAAUCCAGAAGUGUCUUAGAUAAUGAAAGAAUCUACUGUAUAAAGCAAUCAUAAUGUCAAAUAAUUUAUUCCUUUUAACAAAGCAAUCAGUAGCCUGUUUGCAAUACUGUGUUGAGUAUUUUUAAUGGCUUUUGGAAUCAUUUUUUUCUGGUUCAUUUUAAGUUAUUUCAUGUACCCAAAGUGGUAUCCUUUUUGCUAUAGUAAAGCUUUGUUUUCCUCUAAGGCGAUCCACAGAUAAUUCUGAUGCAGAUGCAGGGCACUCACCCAGAGGUGAGGCAUCUGUCUCAGAGCUAUUUGGUGUGUCUUUUUUUUUAAAGAGUAAAAUAUUGACCUUUUUGUGUUAUGUCUACAAAACUUACUGUUCUGUCCACUAAUCAUUUGUGUGAUAUAUGUUUCUACACACUAUAUUUUUUACAACAAAGAUAAUGUAAAUUAUAUUAUGUAAUCUGUGCCUAAAGUUUUCUUAGCACAAUAUAUAGAUCAAUGUUGCUUAAGUCACCAACAUUGGAAAAAAUAUACAAAAACUUCUUUUAAGAGAAAAAUACUUUUGUGUAGCUGUUAUUUAUUUGUAUUAGACCAAGCUGCAUUCUUAGGGCUGCUGAGAAUAUAAUAUACUUAAUUAUGAAAUACAGGUAAGAGCUUUCAGUAUUUUCUUUUGUAAUGACCUGUUUUCAUAUUCAGAGGUUAAAUUAGCUUAUUUUUUAGUGUGCUACAUAGAAUUGUCUCAUAAUCGUCAGGGGUUUAGAUGUAGCAAAAGGCUUUGGGAAUUAGUACUGAAGCAGGUGUGAGUGGUCAAACAUCUAAAUCUUACUUUUUUACCAUAAUUUUCCUGCCUGACAGAUAUUUUAAAAUUUAUAUCAGACUACUGAGUAUUUUUCUUCUCAGCGUUUUUGAUUUGUUUGUUUUAUGAGAUGCACUGGUGAACUGUGCCUACGGAAGCCGGCCGCGCUGCACACAGCAGCGUGACUUCAGGGGUCCUUUAGUGGAGACGUCGUCAUUUUGUUAAGGUUGUUCUGAACCCCUGUAUAUUUUUAAACAUGUAAGAAAGGUUUAAAAUAAAUAAAAUAGUAUUCUAUAUAUCAAAAUCAGACUUUGCUUCAGUUUAAUAAAAUACUUAACUGGCAACAAGAGUUUACUUGCUUGGGGUCAAAAUUAAACUGUUUCACAUUUCUGUGGUUUGGGUUGUUUACAUUAGUUCUUGUCCCCUGUUUGCCCGUGGCAUCUUGGAAAAGUUGAAAUGUGCCUUUUAAGUUUAGACCAGUUCAAGGAAAACAAAGUUUAAGGAAACAUAACAGUAUAACUUUUCAGUCGUCAUAAGUAGGACCUUCAGCGUGUAUCAUGUGAGAGUCAGAUUUUUGAAUCCAUUACUCUGGAGUGUGCACCUACAGUUAGAAAAGGCUCAGUG